AGUGCAGGGGCCGGGGAAAGCGGAUAUAGUGAAUGCAGGGUCCGGGGAGACCAGAUAUAGUGAAUGAAGGGAUCCAGGGAGAGCGUAUAUAGUGAAUGCAGGGUCCUGGGAGACCAGAUAUAGUGAAUGCAGGGUCCGGGGGGACCAGAUAUAGUGAAUGCAGGGUCCGGGGAGACCGGAUAUAGUGAAUGCAGGGUCCGGGGAGAGCGGAUAUAGUGAAUGCAGGGGUCCGGGGAGACCGGAUAUAGUGAAUGCGGGGUCCGGGGAGGCCAGAUAUAGUGAAUGCGGGGUCCGGGGA